UUGAGGUUCUCAGGUUCCAAGGUACUUGGGCAGGAGCUCUACGAGGGCUGCGUUAGCGCUCCUCCCUGCACUUCCUCCGGGCGAGUGGCUGCUCCUCCACAUGGCCCCCUCCCAAUACGAUGCGAAAGCGACGGACCCGCCGCUCAUCGCGAGGAGCUCCAGCAUCAAGUCAUACAUAACAUCCCGGGCCACCUACCCCGGGCUCCGCGUCUUCUUCAGGAAACACCAGCACGCGGACAAGCUUCCCGCAGUGCCCGCUCCGAUCCCGUUGCUGGUGUUUGUCCAUGGCCUCGGCGGCUCUGUCGCGCAGUUCAACGCCCUGCUCACCAGUCUCACGCCCAUCGCUUCGUGCCUCGCCGUCGACCUUCCCGGAUGCGGCGUUUCCGAGUUCGAGCCCCGAGACUGGGACGCCUACUCGACCGACGCCCUUGUUGAGCUUCUCGAGAAGGUCAUCGAGGACCACCGUGAUGUGGCAGCCGGCCAGGGAGUCGUUUUGAUCGGCCAUAGUAUGGGCGCUUCCCUCGCUGCCCUGCUUGCCAAUCCGCGGCAGCCGACGACUGAACUGCACAGACACGUGCUCGGCCUGGUCGGUAUAUGUCCCGCCGCAGGCCAGUUCACCCCACAGCAGGUUCGCCUGCUGCGCGCUGCUCUUUGCAUUCCUGAUUUUCUCUUCGAUCUCUGGAGAGCCUGGGAUAGGCGCGGCGGCCUCGACAGUCCCAGCGUGCACCGCUUCGUCGGACAGAAUGCCGACCCCGAAACGAAACGACUCCAGCACAUGUUUAACUGCCAGAGCAGGACGCCCGUCUGGCGGCGUAUGGCGUGGGGUGCGCUGCCGACGUAUUCGAACGGGACCCCUUCAAACGGGAUAGCCGGAUUGGACAUCUGGGCGGGCCUCAACCUGCCUGUGUUCCUGGUUGGUGGGCAAGACGACCGGGUCGUGCCCCCAGGACAGGUCGACAAACUUGUCUCGGCACUCGAAUGCAAGGAGAUUGCGAGCGACUCGGAGACGAAUGAGACGGUAGAAGGCGCUGUUGAAGCGACAGACGUCAACUCGGGGGCAGGGCUUCCGGUCUUGCCGCUGCAUCCAAAGAGGAUUGUGGUGAGCACCAAGCUCCCCAGCCCGGCAGGACACGGAUUGCUGUACGCCCCACCAACCGCUCCCAUCCUGGCUGGACUCAUCUCGGACUUCCUCUCGACCCGCGUUACCGGCCGGCUUUCUCUGGGCUGGCAGCUGCAGUAUCUCUGCCAAGACGGCAAAUGGGACGUGAAGAACCUGGAGAAAUGGCGGAACGUUGCCCCCGUCUCGGGGCCCAUUGGAGGCGUCUUCCGCGCGAUCAAGACGCUGCGGGAAGUUGACGAGGAGCACUGCCCGCGGGUCUUUGUCGAAAAAUGGGGACGCAUCAUCAAAGACGUCAUCGACAUCUCGCACGACAACCCGGUCUACGACCCCCGUGGUCUUGAGGAGGGCGGCAUCCGUUACCACAAGUACCCGACUCUGUCCAAGGUGCCGCCCAACGACGCCGAGAUCAGGGGAUUCAUUGAUCUGGUGGACAAGAUCCGCGGCGAACAGAAAGAGCGAGCCAAGGCGGAUGGCUGGGAUGAGGGCUAUGCCAUCGGCGUACACUGCCAUUACGGAUUUAACCGGACGGGGUUUCUCAUUGCGUGUUACCUGAUCGAGAGGUGCGGGUUCACUACGAAGGACGCGAUAGAGGCGUUUGCCAAGGCCAGGCCGAAAGGGAUCAGGCAUGAGCACUUCAGGGACCGACUGCACGUUCGGUAUUCGGGGGUGAAGAGUCAGGCGUAAGCCAGCGUGUGUUGUUCUUUUCCUCAAGGCGUUGUUUUUAGCGGGUUCCAUAGAGAGGGCUUCGGUAGGGGUGGGGGUUCAACGGUCUCGGUUUGGGCUCAAGGGCAUAGAAGGUUGGUCGCAAGAGGCUCAUAUCUCUGGUACCCUGGAUUCUCGCGUUAUGAAUUGAGGUUCUACUC